AUGACGACCGCUUCUGCCACAUCUCCAUCGUGCUAUAUGUCGGAUACAUCCAAGCAGGAUGACUUCCAGAACAACUCGAGCCCGCCAACGUCGCUACUUAGCCUGGAUUCAACGGAUCCAUUUGAGCAUAGCAUGAGCGCUGACACCUUCCUUGAUUCAGACUUUGGAAGUCAAGGACGAAGCCCAGCUGGAAGCAUACACUCCAGCCUAUACUUGGAUAACCAAGUCUUGUACCAAGAUUACUUGAUACUGGAUUUGUUGGCCUACGGCCUUCCAGCCAUUGAAGUAGAUGCGCCAUUGCCGACUCAGAUGCUCCCCUACCCAAAAUCUACACCACUAAUCACAUUGGGAACAGGUGGCCAUCAAGUGCAAACGCUUGAUGAAACUCCUCAAUUAGAUGUCCAGACAUCCCUCAAUGUGCUUGCACAAAGAGCUCCUGAUGCUUACCUCCAAUCUCAAGCCAUCAAGGACUGGUCCGGGGCGUGUUCCACCGCUCUGUCGACUGAGAGUGCUCCAUCACCCAAUUCGUCGCUACCACAAGAAUCGCAACACAUGAGAGCUAGUGCUUCUAUGGAUCAUCCGCCCCCAGCCACCUCCUCCCACGACUGGAGCACGAAGAACAAGCUCAACCUGACUGUUAAUACGAAUAUGUCAGCUUUCAACGCCACCGACCGACUCUCUCCGAAUUGCCUCAAUCCGUUAACUCCUUAUUCGGAUUCAUCCGCUUCUUACGUCUCGCCAUCGGCCCCCUCGUUCUACUUUGAGCCUCAACAUUCCAACCAUGCCUCCCACCUGGCGCCCACGCCUCCGAGCAUCGUUAACUGGCUACACACCAGUAUCAAUGCGCCCCAAUCUGACCCGGGUGUGAGCUACUUCGGGGGCCUUCCGACGCCGUCCUCUGCGACGUUCUCGGCGGUACCUACUCCUACGGGAAUGAGCUUCCCAACACAUUGUUCUCAUCUUCCCCUCAAGGAAAACCCCGCCAUGGACUUCAACGUCAACCAAGGAAGGAUUUCCCUUCAGCCACCCAUCCAAUCGAAUGCCCUUCUUUCCCCCACAAACAUUGACCUCACCUACGGAUUGGGCUACCUUCCUGCUACCGGGGCAAUUCCUCAGAUGUCCUAUGGUCAAUAUGAGAGCAGUGUCAAUCAGUUUGUCAAUAGCCCUGCCAGCUACACUAGUGCCUUGGAUGGCCAGACGGAUUACUUUACCCGUCGGCCUCAAUUAUCUUCAAAUACUUCCAAUUCACCAUUCGACCACGCUUCCACCUUUGGACAUCUGAUAUCCGGGCCGGGCUUCUGUGGCCGAUUCGGACAAGGUCCUGCAAGUAUUGACUCCGUGUCGAUGGCUGAGCCCCACAGCGUGCCAAUGUCACUCAACAACUCAGAGCAUCUCAACCGUUCUGAGCAGGGCAAACGAGGUCUCUCGCAGCAUACAGACUCGGAGGAGUACCCUGCCUACAAGAGACGCUGUUCCGCCACGAGCUCCAACUCGGCCAACGAAAACGUUAACCCCUACCAGGCUGGCGGAUUGAGUUCCCUCAUCAAGCGUGCCCCGCUCGUAGGCUCGCGGCUCAAGCCGGGGCCAAAGUCGAAGUCGACACUCGUCCAGCACCCCCCACCGGGAGCAAACGUCAUCGGGUUGAACCCGUCCAGAGAGGCCAGUGGGAUACCCAAGGAUAUCCUCAAGUGCCUUUACGACACCAUCUGCUACCCCGCCGAGUCCGCAGAUGGGUCAAUUGCAAAGCGCUACGUCUGUAAGCUCCACGGCUGUGGCCGCUCGUUCCCCCGCAAGACGGCCAUUGAGAGCCAUAUCCAAACCCAUCUUGAGGACAAACCGUUCAUAUGUUCUGUCACUAACUGGUACACCAUCUCGUACACUAUUCAUGCAUUGCUUAAUGAGUAUCCUCACAUCCUGAUUAUUCUCUUAUUUCUCCUUUCCCCCAGUAACGCCGCCUUUGUGCGUCAACAUGACCUCCGUCGCCAUGAGAAGAUCCACGCAAAGAGCAAACCCUUCAACUGUAUUUGGUAG